AUGGGCGCAGAGAGUAUUCAAUCGCGUUACAGUGGGGAUCAACGCAAUUUCGCUCGACGUGGUUUUCUUUUUUCCAGCCGACAUGAUUCAAGGAAGAGAAGGUGCAAAUCGCGAUCUCCAUCUGUUCAUGAUCGGCGGCUGAAUUUUCGCGGUGGAGAGGAAAGCAAGCGCUGCCAUGAUCGAAGUGAUUUCUUUGAUCGAUCCAAAUCGGUGUGUCGGCGCCGGCGGUUGGAUUUUGACGGUGAUAGGAGGACUGUGGAGGUUGGGAAGGGUUUUGAUUGUGUGCAGCAGAACGGUGUUUCGAAAGAGGAUAGGCUUGCGCAGUUUGAGCAUGGUGGUGGCCGGAUUGAAGUUGGAAAGGACACUGUUGGUAGUGUGAAGGAAGGCAGUGAUAAGAUCAAGGAGGUCGGAAAUGGUGUGAUAGCUGGUUCCAAGGACAUUGUUUCGGGUUCGAACCUUAAGCGGUAUGUCUCUUUUUACUUUACAAAUUUUCCGGCGCAAUUGCCUAAGUUUUAUCUUAGAAAAGGUUUUGAAGUUUGUGGCAUUCUGGAAGAUGUGUAUGUAGCUAAAAAGAGGAAUAAGUUUGGUCAACCCUAUGGUUUCGUAAAAUAUUUUAAUGUUAAGAAUGUCUCUAAAAUGACGAAUGCAUUAAACAAUGUCUGGUUCGGCAAUUUUCGUGUCAAAGCAAGCGUUGCGAUGUUUGAACGCAACUUUUCGAGAGUGGAUAGGAAAAUGGAGUCGCAUAAGGUUGUAAAGGAACAAGUAGGUGCUCCAUUAUUGCAGGAGGGGAAGCAAGAAUCAUUGAAGCUUCAAGAUUCCAAUAUAAACGAGGAGGGCAUUAAGCUGCCGGAGAGACUACCUCAACGCGAAGAAGUGCGGGUGGGGGAAAUAGUAGUGGAGCUAGGGGCGCGAAAGAUUAAUUUAACCCAUCAGAUUGCUCAUAAAGAGGGGUUUGUGCCGCCACCGGAGAAGGAUGUAACGCAAGCAGCUACCGUGAAGGAAUGUAGACGCUUUAGAAAGAGCUACCGCUCUAAAAAUGCUGAUGUGAUGUGGGCUAGCAGUGGUGUAGUGGCCACCAUUAUCAAUGGAGAGGCGGUCCCUUUGGUUCAGGAUAGGAUAUUGGAUGCAGGUUUUAAGGAUUUGGUUCUCAUUCCUAUGGGGGCUGAUAAAGUCUUCUUGCGUUGUUUGGCGGGUGGUGAUGUCAUGAGGACGGUGAUUAAUGCUAAAGAGUUUUUCCAAUUAUUCUUCUCGAAUUGGACUCGCUGGGAAACAGAUAUGCAGCCUUAUCGGAGAGGUGCGUGGGUUCGUCUUUACGGGAUCCCACUUCACGCUUGGAACGUGGAAUUUUUCAAGCUCUGUGUUUUAGAUUGUGGGCGUUUUCUGCGUACGGAUGGUUGUUCCGUUGAAAAGGACAAACUUGAUUUUGCACGGGUUCUGAUAGCUACACCCAACCUGGACAUCAUUAAUAGUGUUGAGAGUAUCUUGGUUGAUGGUGGUCAGGUGGAUGUUAAGAUUGUGGAGGAGUGGGGGUAUGCUUUGGGAGAAGACUAUUGCCUUGUGGAGGAGGAAAGAGGGUCGGAGGCGGUCCAAUCGGAGUGUGGCGAGGGUCACGUGGAUCCGGAAGUCAGCCGUGAUGUUGACUUGUUGAUUAAUAACAUCACAGAAGGGCUAGAGGAUGCGGCUUGUAUUGAUGUUCAAAGCCAGCGUGAAGAAGAAUCCUUGGUCAAGCAAAAGGCCGGGGAAUCUGAGAGGAGGCUGGUGCAGAGGUCUGAUUCUCCGAGGUCAGGCUCUAUUAAUGAUGAGAUUUUUUCUAAAGUCAGGCCGAACUCUCAGGUUUCAGGUGUUAGGCAAGAUAAACCAUCUGUUGUGGUGGAGGCUCAGGUUCAUUCCCCUGUUCGGACGGUCCGUGUGAAACGCACAAAUUCUUGUCCUCCUGAGGUAAAACGUUCCGUCAUUUCGGGGCCAUGGAGUUUGGAAUGGCUAAAUGAUCAGAAUCACGGGGAUGUUGGGGUGGGGGAUGAUGUCAAUCGCUCUUGUACAGUGAGUCGCCAAGUCCCCAGUGGAGAGUCUUCCUCAUCCGGAUCCAUUAACAAUGAUUGGACGAACUGGGUGGCUGUUCAAGGAAAUGAUCAUAUGGCAGUGGACGAUGUUUGGGGUAUAGGGAAAGCGAUUGGGUUGAAGUUCAAGGGAGACAACGUGAAUAUGUUUAAUAUUUUGUCAAGGGCGGGCAAAGGAAAGAAGGAAAAUUCAGGUCGGGGUUCGGUGGGAGGACCUCGUAGUGAGCAUGGGCGCUAG